AUGCAGCGACAGCGGCCACGUCGAGGGGGCGGUGGUCCUGUGCGGCGGCGUGCGCAGGUGGCGCGUGAGGACGGGUUGCCGGUGGAUGAGCAGGGUCGGGUGGUGGCGGAGGUUGCGCCGGCGCGGAAGUACCCCGUGCGCGGCGAGGGGUUCCUUGCGAUGUAUCAGCGCGACAUCGAGCUCAGCGGUCAAGUGGUACGUGCACAGGAGACGGCCAACGGGCGUCAACCUGGUCGUCUGGUCGACCAAAUGCGUGUGUCCGCCGUUGAGACAUGGCCAGACACGGCCGACGUCCUCAACACGAUGUGGAGCACAAGUCGCGGAAGUGUAAGUUUGAGCACGGAGGAGCUGUUUGAGAGUGCCUUGGGCGCAUUACAGAAGGACCUGUUGGGUUUGCAGAAGGGUUAUGGCGCGCAUCUGGCGUCGAACGCGGGUUCUGCAGGUUCUGCAGGUUCUGCAGGUUCCGAGCGUGUGCGAUUUUGGGAACGAGCGGAGGCGGAAGCGGAAUUGUAUACGGAGAGUGAGGAGGAAGAGGACGGGCGGUUAUCGAGGUUCCCGCCGGCGUUGCGUCCGUUACGGCGGUUACAGCGAGCGGCCCAGAAGAGGCGACUGCAGCGGUCACUAGUGGCACGCGCUUUAGAGGCGGCGGACAAGUCGGUGGCCGCAACGGAAAUUGGCGCGUACGUAAAAGAAAAAUACGCCAAAGACCAGACACCAGAACGGGAACGCACGCGCCGCACACGCCAAGAGUGGCGGGACUGGACGCAAGCCGCGGCCUACGCACGACUUCACCUCGCACUACCCGCUCCACUCACUACACACAAAGUCAAGCUCAAUAAAAACGGCUGGGUCGCUCUCUACCUUACACUCCUCGCCCAACGCUUCCCCCAACACCUACGGAGUCACGACAUCCGCCGUCAUGCACUCGAGCCCGAACCCGUCCUCAACCCCUUUCGCUGGCUCAUUGCCGACGAACAACUCUUGCGCUCAUCGAGCGAUGCCGCACUCCCCACCCUCACCGUCCUCGACCACUCGGCCCAAGACCUGUACCUCGCUAACCUCAGCCAGAUACUCGGGCGCCCCUUCGGCCACGCCUACAGCCAAGCCACAUUCUUCCAAGACUUCAAGUACUUGCUGGCCAACGCGCACUCCUGGCGACCCCUCAACAAAGUUGCCCUCACCCGACCUCGAACCCGCGACCUUCGCGCCGCCGCCGCCCGAAAACUCGGACAACUCAAAAGCGCCGGCGCCGUCGGCGCCGGAGCCGCCGACGAGCGUGUGCUCGGCCGCAUCUCGGCCGAAGCCGCCGGCGCAGUCGCUGGUUCCACUCCGGGCGGCGGCGUGCAGGUCACGCAGACGGCCGCCGUGCUAGAGGACAGCGAGGAGGAACUGGAGGAAAUGCAGGAACGACGGCGCGAGACGGAGGUGCUGAAGAAAAUUAUUGCGGCUCCGGAGCAGGCGAGCGCGGCAGGUGCCUUUGGGCCGGAACACUUUGCGGUGCGGCUCGGUGGCGAGCAUGGCCGACUGCGUAACGCAUUCGACGUGAAUCGCGAGAAGGUGCGUGUGCUGGAGGCGCUGGCACAGGGCGCCUCGGGGCUGAACGUGCCGAUGUUGUAUGAUAGCAGCGAAGAUGAGAACGCAGCCUACACGGACCCGCAGUCCCGUUACCGUCGGCGCUACCGUUUGCACCGUACGCCGUCGGGCGCGGGUCGGGCGAGUGGUGCAGUGGACCGAGGCCCUGGCGAGCUUGCGGGUUCGAGUAGGGUGAUGGGCAUUUGGCCUGGGAGCACACUGGACGGCUACAAGCGGCGCAUGGCGGCAGAGGUGGCGGCGCCUGCGAAGAAGCGGAAGAAGGCGGCGGUGACGAGUGUGCCGGGGGUUGUGGUAGGUGCGACGAAUCCCGGGGGUGCGGGAGGGGUGGAGCCGGGCGAGUGUUGGCGAACGUUGAGUGUGAAGCCGAGAGUGCGGAUGGUGGAGGCGCGGUUCGAUGGCGGGCCUUCGCGGUCAGGGCUGCCGUUGGGUUUCCUGGCAACGUUGGAGAGUGCGUCGGGGGCGGAGUUGCAUCUGAUGGGUGUGGACGAGGCGGAGUUGUCUCACCGGUUCGCUCUGAACAAGUUGUGGCAGCGAACGCUGCCAGGUCUGGAUACACAAUUGACUUCACGACGUCACUUCGCUGUCGUACUCAACGAACGCACACACACUGCGCGCGUCGUUGCAGCACACCCGACUAAACUCACGCUCGCUAAGUCCCCGCAACAGGCACUCAUCGAUUUUAAUUGGGAGCUGUACUGGACGCGCGCACGACUGGGUCUGGUGGACGCUCGAGACGCACACCGAGCACUGCGCUACCAUAUCACCUCCAUGAAUAACCAUGUCGUCUGGACCGACGAUUUGGAACGCUACCUUAAAGCAAGAGAAAAGGUUAAUGAACUUCAGACACACCGAGGCUCUGCACGCAAAAUGAAGCUCAGGAUCCUUUCCGAAACCACCCGAGAUGACCAUCAUACACUCGCCUGCCCGGUCAUCCCUCGGCCACCUCUUCGCACGACGUGUGAGGUGGACAGUACUAUUAUAGCACGCGGAGACGUGAUCUCAGACGAUGACGAGUUGGUGGGCUCGUUCCAGGAACUUAGCCUCCGGGGGCGUCUCCAUGAAGCGACCGGAUUGCUGGAUGCGGAGAAGGACUAUGUAGCCUUCACAGACGGUCGUGUGGAACGGCUGGGUGCCCGCGAAGAUGAGUUGAAGGGCGAGUUAAAGAAAAUCCGCGACCACGUGGAACGCACGGACGCGAAGGGCGGGCUGGAGGUUUACCCAGCGCUUGCGGCUGCACGCUGGGCGGGACUCGACGCGCAGUUCCGGAAGAAGAUCGCCACACGCACGCGCACGCUGCUCCCGAAGCUCGCCGCCAACAGACAGUUCCGCAAGGUUUAUCAACAAGCCCGCAAACUCACCAACGAACGCGUCGUAUACGAACAGGCCUGGACGGCCAGCAAAAACAAACGCUCCACUGCCGCCACCAGAGCAGCCAACCAAGAAGACGUCAAAGUCGACAUCAAGGAAGAACCUCUCACCUAA